AUGACAGACCUCGACAAUUCUCCCCCCAGCAACAUCUCCCUAAACUGUCAUCAUCAACAAACCGCCACAAACCAAGCCUCAUACAACGACCCAAUCAUGUCACAUCAAGGCAAGAAAGAGGAAGGCACUGCCUUGUCGAGAGGGUUCAAAAGGUUAUCUGGAGUUUUCAAGAAAAAGUCAGACUCCGACCUGCGAGACCAGGGUCAGAUCUCCCAACCCAACAGCACCGCCCGCGAUGCCCUCGCCCCGAAUAACCCCUUCGCCAACUCCGAGGCAGCCCCGCCCUCUUACAGCGAGGCCAUGUCAGGCAAGCCCGGGGGAUCCAGUUCCAGUCCCGCCAUCCCGGUGAAAGGCAACCAGCUACAUGCCUCGAAUCGUCAAGACCCCGGCGCCUCCACGUCCUUUCAACGGCGUGUGACCCUAAACGGGCAAGUCAUCACCGACAUCGACGACCCCUACGCCUUUCUCUCCAUCUUCGACACGGUCUUCCUCAUCGACGACAGCGGCUCGAUGAUUGGCCAGCGGUGGUCUGAAGCCAGGGACGCCAUUGCCGCCAUCGCCCCCGUCUGCGUCGCUCACGACAAGGACGGUGUCGACCUUCACUUCCUGAACCACCCCCGGAGCUACACGAACAUCACCUCGGCCGCCAAAGUCAAUCAAAUAUUCAACAGCGUUCACCCGUCCGGACGCACGUUAACAGGGCAGCGCAUCUGGGACAUUCUGGGCCCGUAUCUAAAGAUGUACACGCGAGGUUUCGGGCAUUCUAGCUGGGACCCGGAGAAGACGGGCGUGAAGCCGGUGAACCUGAUUGUGAUCACGGACGGGGAUCCACAGGAUGAUCCGGAGUCGAGGAUCUUACAAGUUAUCAAGGAGCUGGAGAGAGUCAAGGCCCCUCCUUAUCAAAUUGGAAUUCAGUUCUUCCAAGUCGGAGAUGACCCGAGGGCUAGGGCGGCGCUGGCGGAGCUGGAUGACGAGCUGGGUGGUGAGAAAUCGAGGGAUAUGGUCGAUACCGUAACGUGGGACAAUGGAGAUACGAGAGCGAGGCAGUUGGAGGGAGAGAAAAUGCUCAAGAUUGUGUUGGGGAGUGUGGUCAAGAGGCUGGAUCGUCGGCCGGCGGCUGGUAAGGAUAAAACGGCCAAGAGAUAUUAG